UCAGGAAGAGAGACUCAGACAGUCGUUGUCACUGAGCGAGAGCUGAAAUGGCGCAGAAAGGAGUUCAGCUGGACCGGGAAACCUUCUCUUGUUCCAUCUGUCUGGAUCUACUGAAGGAUCCGGUGACUACUCCCUGUGGACACAACUACUGCAUGAACUGUAUUAAAAGCCACUGGGAUGUAGAGGAUCGUAAGUACAGCUACAGCUGCCCUCAGUGCAGGAAGACGUUCACAUCAAGGCCUGACCUGCUGAAAAACAACUUGUUAGCAGAUUUAGUGGAGGAGCUGAAGAAGACUGGACUCCAAGCUGCUCCUGCUGAUCACUGCUAUGCUGGAGCUGAAGAUGUGGCCUGUGAUGUCUGCACCGGGAGAAAACUCAAAGCACACAAGUCCUGUCUGCAAUGUCUGGCUGCUUUGCAAUGUUACGUCUAUUUAAACGUCUCUUUACUGAUGUCAUGUGAAGUUUGGACGUGUCUUCCUGCAGUGAACAUCCCAGCAGGUUAACAAGUGAAAUGUGUAAACUGAUGCAGGACACAAGAGGGCGCCUUCAUUCUGCUAACCAGGGCUGUAGUGGAGGUUAGAGCUCCUCAGCUCACUUUGUCUGCAGGUCUUAGUUAACAUAUUUUCAGGUUAAUAGAAACCUUUUAUAAUAAACAUGCAGUGUGCAUUGGA